GUGUUAUUUUUAAUCAUUCAGGCGCUUACCUCGCAAGUAUUGGAGGAUCCAGUUCUAGGGGCCGUGUCUGUAGUGUGGAGUUUCCUUAAUUUGCCUGUGCAAAAGCAGUUGUCCACAGUUGUAUCUUUCUGGUCUACUGACGGAGGAAUUUUAAAAGGAGAACUAAAUUUAUUUUUUGGGUUGCUAUUAACUAGCAAGCCUUGAAUGUUUCUCCUUACGUUUGUCUUUGGUUCCUAUAAAGGAGAGGGGGCUGUGUUCGUUUUUCCUUUCUUGUAUAAACUACUGUAGAAGGUUCCCUCCCACCCCCAAGCCUCAAGCUGUUUCCAAAGGACUAAGCAAUUUGCAAAUGUAAUGGUUCUUAGCAUGCCUCUUCUUAAAACAAAACCUGAUCAGUCCAUUUGAAAAGCGUCAUUUCCUACCUGUACUGAAACCCCGGGCAGCAUUUGCUUCCUAGUACCUCCCCAAAAGGACCGUUGCUGAUUUUGUAUGCUGUAGAAGAUUGUUUGACACUGCUUAUGCGCGUUGAUCAUAGGCCUCUGUUGUCUUGCCCGUGUGUUAACUUUCUAACUCAGUUUUGGUUGUGGACUAUCACAGAUAAACAGUGCCAUGGCAGAGGCAAGAGGCCCCGCUCACCUUCUAGACGUCUGUGGUCAAAAGUUCUCUGAAUUCUUGUUCAAUGCAGAACAUAAAUGUUUGGUGUGGCUGCGGGAAAUCGAGGAAGAAGCCCUGAAGAUGUUUGAUAGCAACUUCAGUGCUGAGCCUGAGCUGAUGCCCAAAACACCUUCUCAGAAGAAGCAUCGGAAGAAGAAGCGAUCUUCAUCUUUCAAGGAUGAAAAUAAGGAACUAACUAGAAAAAGACUGUCUAGAAGACGAAGCAGUGUAAAGGCAGCAUCUUCUCAGUAUCUUUGUUCAAGUGAAGAGGAACUUAAAAAUCUUGAUGUGGGGAUGGCAAUAUCCAUAUCUGGUUUUAUGACCUGCUCUGUUGCGGAACAGACUUCAGAAGUACAGUAUGACAAGUUGACUAUGGAUCCAACAGGAGGAGGAGCCACUGUUCCUGCCUGUAGCCAAAAUAGUGAAUUUGCGGAAAAGCAGAAUGAAGGGAUGAAUGGAGUCCCUGAAAUCAUCACUGUGUGUUCAGAUGAUUGUUCAGUUGAUAGGGCUGGGGCUACAGAGGCUUCAUUUGUAGCAAACAGCCCUGCAUUGACGCUAAAAGACAUAAUUGAUCCAACAGGAAAAGAUGCAGCCAGAUCAAUGAGUACAUCAACUCCAAAGGCAUCUUUAAAUGGGAAACCCACACAUGGAGAUGAAUUUCCAGCCCAAAAGCUAGUUACUAAUUUGGUCCCAGAGGGGGAGCUCUCCCAAGAGUCAAAGGUCAGCACUGGAGCCACUUCAGGUUCCCAAUCAGGUCAUCACCCUCCAAACAGAUCCCACAAGAACAGGAGGGUGUCACUUGCAGAAAAGUACUCGUUAACCAACAAAAGGAAAAGCAUGAUUCGGAAAUCCAUCCGCAAGAGCAUUGCCAAGAAGAAAGCAGCUUGGGACUCCUUAACUACCUCUAGUCAAGUAAGCUGCCAUAGUUCUAUUGAAGUAUUUAUGGAUGAUGAAGCCAACAAAGAUGGGCCUUUUUUGGUGCAGAAUGCUGAAUCUGGUGAGGCUUUAAACACACCUCAAAAUAUGCCUUGUGCUCUGGAUGCCCCUAGUCUGAAUGUUUGCGUCGCAGUGCAAAGUCCAAUUCAGCUUAAGAUGCAGCAAGGGGAAGUGUGCAGUAAGGAAAGACUGGAAACCAAAAUUACUGACACCCAAGUCUGUGGAUCUGAAAAUUCAGCCCUGAACAACUGUCCCCACGAAGAACUGCAGAAUAUUCGGAGGCAAAGUUAUGAACAAGCAGUGGAUGAGCUACCGGCUGCCCAGCAUGGGCGAGGCAAAAGUCCUUCUCGACUCAAAGCCCCGUCCUCUACUGCAGACAAGCUGUUGCCCUCAUCUGGCCCAGGCAAGAUUGCACAGCCUUUCAAAAACUUCUUCCAGACAAUACAGAAGAGCCAGCUGCUCAAAUCCCCUGGGUCUUCAGGGCACAGUAGUGUCAUGAAAAAUCUCAUCAAACGUGGCACUUCCACUAAAGCUGCCUCCAAGGGAGACUUUGUUGAAAAGGAGCGACAGCGUCUGGAGAGCCUGAGGAAAAAACAAGAAGCUGAACAGCAGAGGAAGCAGAAAGUAGAGGAAGAAAAAAGACGACGGUUGGAAGAGAUAAAGCUAAAGCGUGAAGAACGGCUAAGAAAGACACUGCAGGCUCGAGAACGGAUGGAGGAAGAAAAGAAGAAGAGAAUAGGACAGAAGUUCUGUCAACAUGAAGAAAGGAAUGAGAAGGUGCGAGAGGAGAAAAUAUCAGAGGAAAAGACCAAGAAAAAAAUAUCUACUAAGAAAAUGGGGGAAACAGAAGCCCGAAAACAGAAGGAGGAAGCAUGCAACCUUCAAGAGCAGCCAGAAAAAUGGAAGACGGUUGGAGAAAUUAAGAAAAUGCUGGAGCACAAUUGUGCUAAACAGGGGAAAGGACACCAAGGACAGCAAGUUAAAGAGAAAUGGGCGAGAUCCUUGGAGCUGGCAGUAGUUACAGAAGAGGAGGAAAAUCUGAAGGAUGAACAGAAUUCUACCCGCCUGGAAGAGCUGCAGCAGGCAAAGAAAGCCAUGCAGGUGGACACACUUCCCGCUGCCAAUAAAUGGCUGAAUAUAACUGCUCAGGUCUUGCCUGUAUUACAGAAAUCUCCUGUUGACAGCUCCAACCAAGUGAACUCCCAAGGUCUGAAAGAUAAUAAGUCCCUCAAAGUCAACCUCAAUGACUAUGGGAUGGAUUUGAAUAGUGAUGACUCCACAGAUGAUGAAAGCCAGCCUCGCAAACCCAUCCCUCCAUGGGCCAAUGGUCUUCAGCUUAAUGAAGCUGUCACAUACCAAUAUUACAAUCCUCCAGACAUCAACAAGUUCUUUGGACUAAUCUUGAGCCCAAAGCUAGAAGAUAUCUUCUAUAAAAGCAAGCCAAGGUAUUUCAAGCGCACGAGUUCAGCUGUUUGGCACUCCCCACCCCUUCCAGGUACCAAAGCAGCACUGCGUGCAUCCAACAGCAUGAAAAAAUACUGAGGAUGUGUAGGGCUGCUAUAGUAAACAGCAGGUGUUUUUUGUCUGUCACAUCUAUGUGGGAUGUAUCUGUAAGACAUUUUAAUAUUUUAUAUAUUGUGCAAUAAAGGUUUAAAUGCUGAAA